CGCUAAUAGUCUUUAAGAAAGGUAGAGUGGUGUGGUUGUACUGUUUAUAACUCUGAAUCUAUUAAAAAUUUUACGUGAAGAAAUAUUUGCAUUGUGGAGCUGUAUAACUACAAGCCUGUAAAUUUAAACAUGGGAGAGAAUUUGAAUAAUAAUACUCAGAAUAUUGCUGAUUAUUUAGCGCAAUUAUUUAAAGAUAAAACUAAACUUGCAGCAUUCUCAAAUGUGUUUGUCCAUCUAGAAAGGCUUCUCGAUGAAGAGAUUUCAAAAGUUAGAAGCUCCUUAUUACAGAGAAAUGGAGCAGAAAUGGAACCAGUUGUUUUGCCACCACCAGAGGGCCAGCCUAUCACUCUUCAGGAGAAAGUCUUUGUUCCUGUUAAGGAUUAUCCUGAUUACAACUUUGUGGGACGUAUUCUUGGCCCUAAAGGUCUGACAACAAAGAUGCUUGAACAAGAAACAGGUUGUAGAAUUAUGGUGAGAGGAAAGGGAUCUAUGAGAGAUAAGAAGAAGGAAGAGCAAUAUAAAGGGAAGCCAAACUAUGAACACUUGGUUGAAGAACUCCACGUUCUUAUUCAAACUGAAGACACCCCUAAUCGUGCAUCUCUGAAAAUGGAGCAUGCUGUUAAAGAAGUCAAGAAACUACUCAUCCCUGUGACUGAUGGAGAAGAUGAACUUAAGAAGAGACAGCUUAUGGAGCUAGCUAUCAUUAGAGGCACAUACAGAGAAAGUGGAACAAAAGUUACAAAAGUGGACACUCCAAGGUUCAUGAUUCCACCUAUGACACUUGGAUCACCUCUUCGAAUGCCAACUCCACUUGGAGCACCUUUAAUAAUUUCUCCACGCCUCUCAUUACCAACUUCUGCUUCUCUUUUAAAUGGAACUGCCCCUCCUCCUCUUAUAAAUCCAGCAGAUGCAGGACUCUUCUAUUCUCCAUACACUGACUACCCGUAUGCUGCACUUGCUUCUCCUCUGUUAGCAGAUUAUCCAGGACUUGACCCCUCUACUGCUGGUGCAGUUGCUAAACAGAGGAGACUUCUUGGGGUUAGAGAUCACCCAUAUACACGAACUGGAUCUCUGUCGUAGAUAUUUACAAGCUUCACCACACGACCACUUCAUGACUUGACCACCAAGACUAACCUUCCCUCAUCCUCUACCGAUGCUUGCAAACAGCUGCCAGCCAAUCAGUCAGCCAGUUUAGCACAGUCAGUGUACCAUAUCUUCUUUUGGUUAUCAAGAUAGCCACUAACCAACCUCCAGUAUUUGAUGUGCUUUCCCAUCUGUGAAACUGCUUCCUCAGGUGGCUCUUCUAGGGUGGUAACAGCUUUAGAAAUUUCAAGUGUCUGUUAUUCAUAUUAUCUUCACAUACGUAACUAUGUAUUCUAAUUUCAUUUGUUGCUGAAAAAAUUGUUCUUUUAACUAUUUCCAUUACUUACAUUGAACAAAUAGUAAGAAUGUGUUCAUACUGUAUUUCUUUCCAUCUUACUAACUUUAAUAUCAGUGAGCUGUGGAGGAAUUCACCUAAAUGCUUUUGGAAGGCCCUUCAUUAAAAAACACUGCAAAGAUUAUGUUGAAUAUGUUGGCUGAGAUGUAUUUUGUGGGUGUGCAGAAAUAUUUUUGUAAAAAAAAAAAAAUGCAAUAUUUUUUGGGCUUCUUGUAUAUCACUGUUUUAGAUCACUUGUAAAUUGACAUUUGAGUUGUUUUUGUUAUAAAAACAGUGGUAAAAUACAUACCAAAAGAAAGGAAAAAGGAACUUUAUUACAAGAAAUUUUAUUUACACAAGUUUUAGUCUAAACUUUAUAGUUACAGCCUUCGAAGAAGUUGCUUGAAAUUGUGAUCCCACAAGCAAUGUGCAAGUUGUGCAAACAUGUAAGAAUUAUUACCAAAGCCACUGUAAAAUUCUUAUGCUUCAAAAUAAAGCAGCUUUACCAUUUAUUUUUUUUAAAGAUACAAAUGGUUAGGAAAAUUCUGUAGUGUAAAGUUAAAAUGAAGAGAAAUAAAAUUUAUUGUAAACGGUUCUUAAUUUUCAAUACAUCAACUAGAAAUGAUUGGAAAAGUGUAAUGUUAAAUUUUGAAGGAUUGCCUGCUUGAUAUCUGAAUUUUGGGUUUAGAAGUACAAUAGAAUCUAGAUUAAUGGGCAGACCUUUUCAGUCUACUUUUUUCUAAUAUUUGUAACCAAAAUAUAUAUUGAAAUAAUGGGCACCUACUGGAUUAAGGGCAGUGUCUUUAGUCUCAUUCUCGAAAAGUAGACAGUUAUCUUUGUAUGCCUGUAUGGUAUACCGCUAAAUUCCAAACAUCCCACAGGAAGGAUGACCAGUAUUUGAACACUUGCGAUGUUUAUUGGAUUGGCUCCAAACCACAUACUGUAAUAAACGUUUUCACAGAUGCAAAGUGCAAUCUCAUUAUUGUGGGGAAUUCUCAUUGUAAACACUGUAGAAUACAUAAGCUGAUAAGUUCGACAUGAUGUUCUUGGAUCAGAGGUUAAGACAACUUAUUUCUGUGCACGUGCUUUGUUGCUCACAAGAGUAUCGUAUUAUGGUGUCACGUAAACCGUCUAAUGACACAAGUGGUGACUUGUCGCUUUAUUUUCAGCAGAUUUCUAUUUCAGUUAUUGACAGUAAAAUAAAUGUCAAAUGUGACCAAUAAAAAAAAAAAAAGGUACAGUUAAACCAUCUCCUGAGAGACCUCCUGUUGACAAUGCUCCAUCUCAUGGCAUUGUGCAACUCACGAACACCCUUGUCUUGCAUACACCAAUUAAAAUGGGGCCUUAAAGUUCAGAAAUUUAGUAUGGUCAAUAUGGAAUCCAUCUUUGCGUGGCUCAUUUUUGAUAUUAAGGGCACCUUACUAUAUAGGGCAGUUGGAAGGGUGCCCUUAAUGUCAAGGUUCUACUGUAUAAAAUAUUCAGUAUGACAAUUUGCAUGAAAUAAAUUAAUAAUUAGUUGGACAAUCCCUAGUCAUUGAUUGAUGUGUGGUGUGGAGGAGCAUUUCAGAAUAUGGAGAAACAUGGCAGCUGCUGGCACAAUGUUACAAGUAUCAUGCCAAUAGGUGGUCACAAUGUUGAUAAUGUUCUGUUAAUAAAUUGCAUGUGGAAUUUUGAGUAUGUGAUUUUUUUUUGUUUGUGCUAUUUGGUUUUAUAUUUGAAAACAUUAUUUUUAUUGUAUGUUUGUUCUGCUACCGUCCAUUUGUGACAAAGAAGUAUACUUGGAGGUCAUUUUUUAGUUUAAUACAAACUUGUGAUGAGAGAAAAAAAAAGGUGGAAACGUAAAAGUAACGAUGCAUUAAAAAGUCAAUUUUUUUUAUAGUAACUACCUAGUACUGUUUAUAAAUUAGACCAUGACAAAACAAUGUAUUAAGUAAAUCAGAAACCUUAUGAAAACAUAUUGAAAUAAGUUGAAAAUCACAAGUAAUGCAUUUCUGAUUUUUUUUAUAAAUUAUUUGUCACAUUUCAUGUCUGUUGCAUAUAUUAAAAAACUCUUUUACAAGGAAAACUAAUGGUACUGUAAAUUUGGUGAUUUAUAUUAUAUUUUUGUAUCAUCCAAUUAAACAAAAUGAUCUGGGCUAUUUUUCAUCAUCUCAUCUUUCUAUCUUGAACAGUAGCAUUGAUUUGAUUUAUACCAAUGAAAAAAAAAAUUAAGUUGUUCAACUGAAAAUAACCUCUAAGUAAUUUGUACUUAAUGUAUUCUGGGUUGGAUAAUUUUUAUUUGUUUUGUAUCCUAAGAGAAAAACAAAAACAUGAAAGAUCCCAUUCAUAAAGGAUAUAUGUGCUUAUUUGUACAAGUUCUUUUAGUAUCCAUUUCUUGAUUGCAGUUAGGAUAAGGAUAACAGGUGCAGUAUCAUAGUACAUAUUGAUAUAGUGAUGAUUAUAAAUGUUUUUAUGAAUGAAGGUGGAGGGUGUUUUUGUAGUAUUUGAAAUAUUUUUUUGGGAAUAGAUGAAAAAGAUGAUGAAAUACUGCAUUCAUUCUCUCGGUUAGUUAACCUUUAUAGCUUAUGAAUGAAAUACACAAGAUCCUCACUUCAUAUAUGGUAAAAUGCUUUAAAGUACAAUUUACUUGAUGUCUCUUUCAAAGCAUAAGAAAAACCGAAGAUUAAAUGAAAUAAACAUUACACAAGCUCUCUCAUCAAAAAUCAUCCAUAAGUACUUCAUAAUCUAUGACUGUUAUAUUUGUGUUUUGUGCACAUGCUUCUCCUUCCCUGAACAUUGAAAAAUGUUAGCAAAAAUGUCACAACCAAAGAAGUCAUUUUAUUAGUACACAUCAUCGAAAACAGAAGUGGCUUAAGUUUUAUUUAAUGACUAACAUAAUAAAAUUCAGUUUUCUUGGAACAUAGUGAGAUUUCUUUAGAAAAUAAAUGGUGCAACUAGAUAUUGAUAUUAAUGAAUUUUAAUAAGAUUGAGUGAUAUGUCAGAUAAAUGAUCAAGUAAAGCUCAAUAUGCAGUAUAUAAACUGUUAGCUUUGCGUAUGAUAGUUUAUAUGUUUUGUACAUUUCAGGCUAUCUGCUUUAAAAAAUUUCAUCCAGUAAGAUUUCUCUCUGGAUACAUUUCAACAAUAAAUUACUAGUUGCUGAAAUAUUUUUCUCUCUGAAAUGGAAACUACUAUAGGACUAAAAAAAUCUCAUAAGAUAUCAGUUACUCAUUGCAUUUUAUAAGCCAAGUCCAUAAAGCUGAAACAUACAAUUAAUGCAAAUUUUUUAAAAGAUCUCUGAUAAAGGGUUGCUAAAAUGUUUUUAAUACAUAGUAAAUGCACAAUUUCAUAAGCUGUUAUCUCCCCCCCCAUAUUUUGUUCCUACAGAGAUACAAAUAUUAAUCAAAGGAUUGUGUGAUGAAAGUGAUUAGUAUUAAAAUUAUUUUCUAAAUAUUGCAAUGUGUCAUCAGUAAAACUGGGUAUCUUUACUUAACAUGUAAAUGGCAAUAGU